CCGCUGACUAGCCCUCUCUAUAAAUACCAAGCCCCCCGUUCCUCCGCAUUUCGGUUUUCGCUGCGUCAAAUUCAAAUUCGAAUCUACUAGAGACAUCUUCUUCAACAAUCCCAGCCAGUUGAAAUGGCGCGUACCAAGCAAACCGCUCGCAAAUCCACCGGAGGCAAAGCUCCAAGGAAGCAACUCGCUACGAAGGCUGCAAGAAAGUCUGCACCAACUACUGGAGGAGUUAAGAAACCUCAUCGGUAUCGCCCUGGAACUGUUGCACUUCGUGAGAUCCGGAAGUACCAGAAAAGCACAGAACUCUUGAUCCGCAAGCUGCCUUUCCAGCGUCUUGUCCGUGAAAUUGCACAAGACUUCAAGACGGAUUUGAGGUUCCAGAGUCAUGCAGUUCUUGCUCUUCAAGAAGCUGCAGAGGCGUACCUUGUCGGUUUAUUCGAGGACACCAAUCUCUGUGCUAUCCAUGCCCGGAGGGUGACUAUUAUGCCUAAAGACAUCCAGCUUGCCAGGAGAAUCCGUGGUGAAAGGGCCUAAUAAUGAUGUUUCUUCAUUUAGGUCUUCCAUAUUGUUGUUUGUUGUGUACCUUGGUACUCUAGUCUGAACGUUAACUUUCUUCUCAAGACAUUAAGACACUGUAAUAUCUUACUUUUUUGUUAAGACAACUGAUCUUCUCCAUUGUAGUUAUAAUCCAAUUAUCAAAUUUUGUUCAUUGACUGAA